AUGUCCUUCUCUGAGGCGAACUGGAAUUGGAAGAGUCCUUGUCCGAGAUCUGAGCCUACUGGUUUGGAGGAUACUUUCCAAUGGUCGGUGAAGAAAGGGAUCAGGGACCACACUCUUUGGAUCUUAGGGUUAGAGCUUUGGCUACAAGCCAAGGAAAUCAGGUUUCGGUUUGUUGGUGGAACCGAUACUACACCUAAGGGUGAGAAAUUUACUACAGAUCUGAGAACUUUACUGUCGCUUAACACGGGACAGAGUGGAGUAAAUGACCUAGGUGAAAUACCAGGGAGGAGCUGCGGGAGGGAGCCCUAUCCUACGUUUCAUAACUUAGCGUUGAACAAGGUCAGGGGGAGGCAAGGAGGACGCCGGAGGCCGUGGGACUUGACCGGGAAAACGCAGAUUUGUAAGUAG